AUGAGAAACAACGGCAGUUGCUGGAUCUGUCGCGUACGACACAAGAAAUGCGAUGAAACACACCCUGAAUGUCAAAACUGCACGACUCUUGGCUUAUCGUGCCUGUACGGCGAUCCAAAACCAGAAUGGAUGGACAAUGGCCAACUGCAGCGUCAAAUGAGCCAGCGGCUGAAAACUCAGGUCAAGCGAAAUGCGAGAAACCGAAGAGCAAGGCAGAUGAUCGAUAAGAUCACCCAAGAUCUCAACGACACUCGCCUUCCGCCUUCUCAGGCCAUCGUGGAUCCUUUGUCUCCGGCUUUAAACGGCUACCCAAUUCCUCUCGCCACUUCUACUUCGGAGUCAACGGAUGAUACGACACCAGCUUCCUGGUCCCACGACAUUGACUCCAUCGACUCCCUCAAUCCCUCUCAACAAACCAAUAGUGGCGAAUCAGAGAUCAACAGCACCCAAGACCUCCUACUGCCUGAAACAUCGAGCAAGUUUCUCUUUGGAAGUAGCUUUCGAGAAACCCUCAAAGUCAACAUCUACGGCGAGGAAGACGUGCGUUUCAUCAUGUCUUACAAAGACUACGUAUUUCCUCUGCUCCACCCAUUCUACCAUCCCUCCUUCUUUGAAGGUGGCCAAAAUUGGCUUCUUGUCGCUGCCCUGAGAAAUACGGAAUCUCGCCAGUUGAUAGUGAGUCUCGCUACAUAUUUCUUCUCACUUGUUCCGAUAUUUCCAGGGGCAGGGUUCCAGUUAUGCUCUACUUUUACUUGGGCCGAAGUCCAAAGCCAGUCGGAGCAAGCCUUCAAAGGCAUGCAGCACAGGGUCGAGAUACUUGGCCAGCGAGGUGUUGCUUCAAAUCUGUGGGAGACCACGCAUUUAUUCGGCGAUAUCAUGCUUCUACUCGAGUUCGAGACCAUGGCCCAACAUUCUCAAGUUUGGGGGAUUCAUCUGGAUGCAGCUAUUAUCCUAUUGAAACAAAUCCUCGCGUCGCCACAGCUCGAGUCUUUUGUUUGGCGGGUACCAUUCAACCCAGCAACUAUGUCCUCACAAGAGGCGAGUCAACUUACUCCCAUAGGCGCCCACCUCUUCUCGUCAACACAAGUCGCAUUUCGCUUUUUUGUCGCCAAGAUAAUCAUCGCAGAUAUUAUCUCUAGUUCCAAAACUACUAUGAGACGUUGA